AUGGAAGAAAUCAACAGGGUUUUCGCAACAUGCAAAGCAGAGAGUCGGGCGGCCUUCAUCACCUACGUGACCGCUGGCUAUCCCACUGCUGAAGAGACGCCAGAUAUCAUGUUGGCCUUGCAAGCCGGCGGCGCAGACAUCAUCGAGCUUGGUAUCCCCUUUACAGACCCUCUGACCGAUGGUGAAACAAUCCAAAAAUCAAACGCUCAGGCCCUCCAAAAUGGCGUGCGCAUCUCCCACAUGCUGCAGAUGGUCCGAGAUGCGCGAGCACUCGGUCUGACGGCUCCUGUGUUGUUCAUGGGGUACUAUAACCCCGUUCGAGCAUAUGGGGAGGAAAGACUUCUCCAAGAUUGCGCGGCUGCCGGUGUCAAUGGGUUUAUUCUAGUCGACCUCCCGCCAGAGGAAGCAGUUCGGUUCCGGGACCUUUGUAAAACAGAAGGGCUAUCAUAUAUCCCACUCGUCGCGCCGUCGACUCCAGACUCCCGCAUCAAAAUGCUCUGCAGUAUUGCCGACUCGUUUGUGUACGUUGUUUCUCGGAUGGGUGUCACCGGUUCUCUGAAGGCACUGGACAGCGGCCUUGGUCAGUUGCUAGACCGCGUGCAGAUUCACACAGAAAACCGCAUCCCAACCGCCGUCGGAUUUGGCAUCAACACCCGCGCGCACUUCGUGGACGUAGCUCGCAUCGCGGACGGCGUCGUCAUCGGCAGCCAGAUCAUCACCCUACUGCGCGAUGCCGAGCCUGGCACUGGCGCGACCAAGAUCAAGGAGUACUGUCUGCACGUUACAGGCCGAACAGAGUCCCGGAUGAUCCAGCCCCCGGCUGCGAGGGACAAGAAGCCUCAACCCUCUGCUAGCCAACCCCAAGCCGCGAAGGAGACUCCCCGCUCGGCCGUCGCGCCUCUCGAUACACAUACUCGGUUCGGCCAAUUCGGUGGCCAGUACGUCCCGGAAGCCCUGAUGGAAUGUCUGACCGAGCUUGAAGCGGGCUUCGCUGCUGCCAACGCCGACCCCUCUUUCUGGGAGGAAAUUCGCUCCUACGCUUCAUACGCUAACCGGCCCUCCUCGCUGCACCAAGCACAUCGCCUCUCCGCGCACGCUGGGGGCGCACGGAUCUGGUUGAAGCGUGAAGAUCUGAACCACACCGGUAGCCACAAGAUUAAUAAUGCGCUGGGUCAGAUCGUGUUGGCGCGGCGGUUAGGCAAGACGGCAAUCAUCGCGGAGACAGGCGCGGGCCAGCACGGCGUGGCGACGGCGACGCUGUGCGCGCUGUUUGGGAUGAAGUGCACGAUCUUCAUGGGCGCAGAGGAUGUGCAGCGGCAGGCGCUCAACGUAUUCCGAAUCCGCCUACUCGGGGCAACGGUGGUAGCUGUGCCUGGGGCGCACCCGGGGGACGGAGGCACGCUGCGCGAUGCCGUGAACCAGGCGUUCCGGACGUGGGUGACGGAUCUGAAGACGACGCAUUUUGUGAUCGGGUCGGCUUUUGGGCCACAUCCGUAUCCGACGCUGGUGCGCACGUUCCAGGCGGUCAUUGGCAACGAGGCGCGCGCGCAAUUCCAAGAGAUGAAUGGUGGGCGGUUGCCGGACGCUGUGGUGGCGUGUGUGGGCGGCGGAUCGAAUGCGGCGGGUAUGUUCUAUCCGUUCUUGCAAGAUCAGGGCGUCGCCAUGAUUGGGGUGGAGGCCGGAGGCGAUGGGAUUGAGAGAGGCCGACACUCAGCGACGUUGUCGAGGGGCUCGGUAGGAGUUCUGCAUGGGGUGCGCACAUACGUCCUGCAGGAUGAUGAUGGCCAGAUCACCUCGACACAUUCAAUUUCGGCGGGUCUGGAUUACCCAGGUGUCGGGCCGGAGUUGGCCAGUUGGAAGGAGUCUGGCCGGGCCAGGUUUCUCUCGGCAGAAGACGGAGAUGCGCUGAAUGCGUUCCGGUUGUUGAGCCAGACAGAGGGCAUCAUCCCGGCAUUGGAGAGUGCGCACGCUAUUGCGGGUGCAGUGCGGGUUGCAAAGGAACUGGGGCCUGGAAAAGACGUCGUGGUGUGCCUGAGUGGACGCGGAGAUAAAGACGUGCAGACUGUGGCGAAUCUGAUGCCCGCGUUGAUGCCGGACACCAAAGGCAAUGAGUGA